UUUUUUUUUUUCAUUCGUCUUUUUCUACAAUCUCUUACUUCAAAUGUAAUAAUAGAAAUAUUGAUUAUUAACUCUUUUUUUUUUCUUUUCUUUCUUUCUUUCCAAGAGAUCUAAAAUAAAAGAACAUGCCAUAUUAACGUUACUUUUCCUUUUUAUUUAUAUUUGUUUGUUAAUAGAUGUUUCGAUCUUUGCUUCAACCUAUUAGUAAACGUUAUUUCUCUUCUGUGAAGGAUACUCCAUAUAUUGUCUCCCGGACCUCCAAUCAUAGUCUUCCUGUGUAUUCUGAUAUCAAGAAUGGCGGCACCCAACAAUUGACCAUUAUUCGACGUAUUGAAGGAGAUGUGGAAGCCUUGAAAGCAGAUUUGACAAGCUUGUUCCCCGAUGCACCCAAAAGUCAUGUCAAGAUCAAUCCUACCAACAACCAUAUCAUCAUCAAAGGUCUUUAUGUCAAUGAACUCAAACAAUGGUUGGCCAACAAGGGAUUCUAAGUUUUUUUUUAUAUGGAUAUAUCUGGUUUACUAAUUAGACAAAACAUAUCGAUAGAUACUCUUUACUUUUUUUUUUUUUUUGUUUUUUUGUACAUACAUCUCACUUUUCUGACAAUAAAAAAAUUCUUACCAUCAUACUCCCAUUGUUUUUAUUGUAUCCUUCUUAUAUCAUUCAUUUUAUUAUUAUUAUCAUCAUCAUAUCGUCAUCUUUAUCUAUUGCUGUGGCAUCAUUCCUUUAUUAUAAAAAUGUUUUCC